CAACUAUUAAUAAUUUUUGCUUCUUUCUAAUACUUAUUUAAACAGAGGGUACUCACCAAGACAAGACCUGGGAGAAACAAAAGCUUCUGGCAAAAAGGAGAAACAGAGAUAUUAUAUAUAAUAGUGUUGGAGCAAAAACAAGCAAAUUUAUUAAAAAAAAAAAAAAAAAAAAACUGUUUGCUGAGAGCUCAACAUGAAAGACUUCUUCUUCGUAAUUCUUUGUGUGUGUUUGCUGCUGAUCUUUACAGAAAUAGAAGCGAGAGUUAAAUUACCAGGAAACGCGACUGUGCCUGCGGUUAUAGUGUUCGGGGAUUCAAUAGUUGAUACGGGCAAUAACAACAACAAUGUCCUUUCUCUUGCGAGGUCCAAUUUCCCUCCUUAUGGCCGUGACUUCAAAGGAGGAGUUCCCACCGGACGAUAUUCCAACGGCAAGGUCCCUUCCGACCUAUUAGUGGAAGAAUUGGGAAUCAAAGAGUUAUUGCCACCGUAUGCGGAUCCAAACCUAAAACCAGAGGACCUCCUCACUGGCGUCUGCUUCGCUGUUGGAGGUGUAGGAUAUGAUGAUUUCACGUCAAAACUUGCGUCUGUUCCACUACUAUCUGACCAAUUGGAGAAAUUCAAAGAAUACAUAAAGAAGUUGAAAGGAAUUGUGGGAGUAGAAAGAACAAACUUCAUCAUCGCUAAUAGCAUCCAUUUCGUGGUAUUAAGCAGUAAUGAUAUUGCAAAUACCUACUUUUCUACAAAGACAAGGAGUUUGCAGUACGAUAUUUCUUCUUACACGGACCUUAUGGUCAAUCAUGCUUCUAAAUUCUUUCAGGAAUUGUACGGACUGGGGGUACGAAGAUUGGGAGUUCUUGGCGCACCGCCAAUUGGGUGCGUGCCAUCACAACGAACUAUAGGAGGAGGCCUGGAAAGAAAUUGUUUUGAGCAAGAGAACGAAGCAGCAAAAUUGUUCAACUCCAAACUCUCUGCAGAGCUCGAUAACCUUAACAAAGACAGGCCUGACGCUCGGCUGGUCUAUAUUGAUAUCUACUAUCCACUACUUAAUCUCAUCCAAAACCCCACUAAAAACGGUUUCAAGAUUGUAAACAAAGGGUGCUGCGGAACUGGGCUCAUAGAGGCAGCACUGACGUGUAACGCACUGGACACUACAUGCAAGGACGAUAGCAUUUAUGUGUUUUGGGAUGCUUACCAUCCAACGGAGAGAGCAUACAAACUCAUCGUCAGCCAAAUCAUUUCCAAAUACGUCAAUGAAUUUGUAUAAAAACCGAUUUUUUCUUUAAAAAA